GCUUUGCAACCCAACUUUUUGGCAAACCAACGUACGCAUCGAACUAUCAUUACAUCUCCCCCAACACAACUGUCCUAAAAUCAAAUUAUAAACCUCGCUGAUCCCAAUCUUCGCUUCCCAGCUUCUCUGUUUCUCUCUCAGACACGCUCUCACUUAACUCUCUCUCUCUCUCUCUCUAAUGGGUUUCACAUCGAACGGUUCGGCCGCACCGGAGAAGCCACUGAAGUUCCUGAUCUACGGCCGGACCGGCUGGAUAGGCGGCUUUCUGGGCAAGCUUUGCGAAGCCCGAAGCAUCGAGUACACGUACGGCUCCGGCCGUCUUGAGAACCGAAGUUCGCUCGAGGCCGAUCUCGCCGCCGUCAAGCCGACCCACGUAUUCAACGCCGCCGGCGUCACCGGCCGCCCCAACGUCGACUGGUGUGAGUCCCACAAGGUCGAGACCAUCCGCACCAAUGUCGCCGGAACCCUAACCCUCGCAGACGUCUGCCGCGACAAGGGCUUGGUCCUGAUCAACUACGCCACCGGCUGCAUCUUCGAGUACGAUCCGACCCAUCCGCUCGGGUCGGGUGUUGGAUUCAAGGAGGAGGACACCCCCAACUUUAUCGGAUCCUUCUAUUCCAAGACCAAGGCCAUGGUGGAAGAUUUGCUAAAAAACUAUGAGAAUGUCUGUACCUUGCGUGUCAGAAUGCCCAUUUCAUCUGAUUUGUCCAAUCCUCGCAACUUCAUUACAAAGAUCACUCGUUAUGAGAAGGUAGUCAACAUUCCUAACUCAAUGACAAUCUUGGAUGAACUUCUCCCAAUCUCCAUUGAGAUGGCAAAGAGGAACCUCACUGGAAUCUGGAACUUCACAAACCCUGGCGUGGUCAGCCACAACGAGAUUUUGGAGAUGUAUCGAGAUUACAUCGACCCCAACUUCACCUGGAAGAACUUCACUCUUGAGGAACAGGCAAAGGUUAUUGUUGCCCCAAGGAGCAAUAACGAGCUUGACGCCACCAAAUUGAAGCAGGAAUUCCCCGAACUCUUGUCCAUCAAGGAAUCACUGAUAAAGAAUGUGUUCAAGCCAAAUCAGAAGACUACUGCAGCUUGAAAACUCAUCUUGAGGUUGGAGAUUUUUGUGUCCUAUUGCUACUUUAUUUUAUUUUUAAUUUUGGCUCAUGCAAUUUGAUUGAUCUGUCCACAAGUUCAUCUUCCCAUCAAACAUUCAAAAUCAAUCCUAUUUUGUAUUUGAAUGUUGUAUUCUUCUUAUUAUUAUUAAAAUUGUUGUUAUGGUGAAUAAAUAAGUUGGGAAGUGAUUUUGCAAGCUA